AUGGCCCAAGCUUCUCCAGCUUCGAUCCUACACCCCCCCAAGUACCAUCUUCACCUCACUAUGCCCGGCAAGAGAAACGCCACCAUGUCGUCCCGCUCCUCGAAGCGUCGUCGGAUAUCUUAUGAUGAGGAGGAUGAUGGAGCGUCUUCGACAGCGUCAUAUGAGCGUCCCCGUCAGCAUCCCCUCUAUGGCCAGAAGAGCGCAUUUCCGGGGUUGGAUGAUGGAGGCGAUGAAUUGCUGUAUGACGAGCCCGAUGAUGGAUUGGAAUAUCUACGUAUGGUUCGAUCCGAAGCAAACUCACUACCUGUGCUAUUUUCUGCGCCUAUUCAGUCCACAGACCCAUCAGUCUCAGCAUCCAACGCGCAACGCGAUCUAAGGUUACUUGACCCAACUAACCCUCCUCUGCCAGCAGGCUUUUAUGAAGACGAAGCCUAUAUUGCUCCCGUGGACGAUCUAAAUGAAAACAAGACCUCACUUUCCCCUUCAAAGCUCGACAAACUCUACUCUGAUGCACAAAGAUCCUACAACAAUCUUCUCCGACAUCGAUUCAUCCUCUUGAGAUCGACUCUGCGAUGCACUCCACCUGCUGGUGCUAUCGACGCCCUCGACGAUGAUCACCCUAUCAGUCUCCCCAGAAAGGCUACUUCUGCGCAUAAAACAUGGCGCCGGCUUUUGGUCACAGUUGAACCACGCAUGGUUCAACUGGCCAGCAUGGACAUGGAAAGCGUGUUAGAAGUCUUGGAAAUACUAGCGCGGAUGUUGUCUGAUGUUGUGCGGGGUGACAACACCCAGCUAGUACGGCGCAUUGGAGCCUGGGCUUGGGGCUUGUUGGGGAAGUGCCGUGAGGUUGGGCAACUUUCUACCCGAGAGGUGGGAAUCAUUCGAAACCUGGGCAAACGAGCUGCGACGAUUUUGGGCAAGGUGCAAGAGCUAGAAUACGACGAGUAUGAGGAAGAGGUCGAUUCUUCUGUGUCAACACAACAAAAAGAAGAAACACAACGGGGUAAUCUCGCCGAUGAUGAGAAAGAUACCAAAGAAGCUCAGCAGGGAUCUGGAGUCCAGGAUAAAAAAGCGACCAGGCAGGAAACUCAGCCGGAACUUACAGCCCAAGGCGAGGAAGAGCACCAGGAAGGGUCUCAGUCGGAGCUUACAGUUCCGAAUGAGGAUGAAAACAAACAAGACGAAUUGCGGGAGACCGCGGAAGCAAAAGACUCUAGUAUGCUUGAUGCGUCGCUAGAAGAAUCUGACUUGCAGGCAGCCAAGACACGCUUGCUAGUUGGGCUUCAAACUAAUCCGGACUCCGUCGAGACACCUGCUGGAUGUGAUAACGAAGAAGAUGAUUCGUCGAUACAGACCCAUGCCUUGCUCGACAUGAUCAUUACGGUGGUCGGUGAAUUCUUUGGCCAGCUAGAUCUGUUGGAGCAACGAGAGGUCUGGGAUUAA